AUGGGUGCUGGACAGUCGUCAACAAACGGUGCCGCCCAAGAGGCUGCUCCCGAGGCACAGAAGACAGGCUACUACACGCUUCUCGGUAUUGAACGCGAUGCCACCGAAGACGAGAUCAAGAAAGCCUACCGGCGCAAGGCCCUCGAACUACAUCCUGAUCGCAACUAUGGAAACGUCGAGUCUGCCACUUCCCUAUUCGCCGAAGUCCAAUCAGCCUACGAGGUUCUCUCGGACCCACAAGAAAGAGCCUGGUACGAUUCACAUGAGUCCCAGAUCCUGCGGGGUGAUGAUCCGACUACUGGAGGUGCAGGUGCUGGCGAGUACGAGUAUGGGAACGUCAAAAUGACAAGCGCCGAAGAUCUGGCUCGUAUGCUGCGAAAGUUCAACAGCGGCGUUGAGUUCACCGAUGCUCCGUCAGGCUUCUUUGGUUUCCUGCGCGAGACCUUUGACCAGCUGGCGAGAGAGGAGGAGGCCGCCGCUCACUGGGAAGGUCUUGAUCUUCCCGACUAUCCCUCCUUCGGCCACAAAGACGACCAAUACGAUGAUGUGCCCAAGUCCUUCUAUGCUGUCUGGCUUUCGUUCAGCACUCGCAAGUCUUUCGCCUGGUGCGACAAGUACCGACUUUCAGAAGCACCCGACCGCCGUUACCGCCGUAUGAUGGAGAAAGAGAACCAGCGUUUCCGCGAACAAGGCAUUCGUGAGUUCAAUGACUCUGUCCGCGCUCUGGUUGCCUUUGUCCGUAAACGCGAUCCACGAUACAUCCCGAACACCCAAACAGAGGCUGAACGCCAGAAAGUCCUCCGUGACGCGGCCGCUGCACAAGCUGCGAGAGCAAGAGCCGCGAAUCAAGUGAGCACAGAAGCCUCUGCCAUCCCAGAGUGGGCACAGACGGUUGCAAAAGACGAGCACGAAGGUGUCAUUGGUGAAAGCGAGUCAGAGGUCGAGGAAGUCUUUGAGUGUGUCGCAUGCAAGAAGACGUUCAAGAGUGAGAAGCAAUGGGACGCACACGAGAAGAGUAAAAAACAUCAGAAGGCUGUUCAUGCUCUGAGGAAGAAGAUGCAAAAGGAGAAUGCAAACUUGAAUUUGGACAGUGAGCCUACAAGCGGAGACGCUACCCCACUCGACACCGAAGACUACGAGCCCUUGCCAGAGGACCAAUACCCUAUGAUGGAAGACGAGCCCUUGCAAGAAGACGACUACCCAAUCAUGGACGAUGAAGCAGCUGCGGGCAUGGACCAUCUCACUCUGGACGAAGACUUGUCCGACUCUGAGGACGAAGAGGCUUCUCCUUCAGUUCAAGAGACUGCCGUAAGUGAAGUAACGAAUGAUCAAACCGCAAACACAACCGAUUCUUCAGACGAUGAAUAUGCUCCCGCCUCGCAAGUAAAGGCCCGCCUUCAGGACCCUCCCUCGCACCUACGAGGCACAAAAAGCCCCGGUGCAGACUCCGAGUCAGAUGCAACACCCUCAACACAAGCGCCAAAGAAAGGCAAAGCUGCCCAGAAGCGAGCAAAGAGAGCCGCCGCUGCAGCAGCUGCCACCAUAGAACAGGAAGAAGGCAAAUUCAACUGCGCAACCUGUGAAGGCAUCUUCCCUUCCAAAACAAAACUGCACCAACACAUCAAAGAAUUCCCUAAACAUGCCGCUCUCAAGACUGUCGCUUCUGCUGGUGGUGCAAAGGGGAAGAAG